AUGUCGACGACGAAGAAGAUUGUGUUGAAGAGUUCCGAUGGUGAGUCCUUCGAGGUCGACGAGGCCGUGGCUCUCGAGUCUCAGACCAUAGCCCACAUGGUCGAAGACGAUUGCGUCGACAACGGAGUCCCUCUCCCCAACGUCACGAGCAAGAUCCUCUCCAAGGUCAUCGAGUACUGCAAGAAGCACGUCGAGGCCGCCGCUUCCAAGACCGAAUCCGCCGACGCCGGUACCUCCGACGAAGACCUCAAGGCCUGGGACGCCGAGUUCAUGAAAAUCGAUCAGGCUACUCUCUUCGAGCUCAUCCUGGCUGCGAAUUACCUGAACAUCAAGAACUUGCUGGACCUGACAUGUCAGACAGUGGCUGAUAUGAUCAAGGGGAAGACACCGGAGGAGAUUCGCACGACCUUCAACAUCAAGAACGACUUCACACCGGAGGAGGAAGAGGAGCUAAAUCGACUGCUUUCGUCCAUCCUAAUAACUUUCUUCUUCAGAAUAGUUUGCGUGGUUUGUUUUGGGAAUGUUGUUGUGGGGAUGAUUCAACUGAAUUGGCCAGAGAUUUGUGAGAAUAACCCUUUAGCAUUCUUGGAGAAAAGUUCAGGUGGUGUUGGCGUCAAAAUAAGAUGUGCAGAGCUAUUCAUUUUCAGGGAAGCAGAGCAAGUCUCUCAAUUCUUCCUCCAAGUGGGGAUUCAGGUCAGAUUUGAGGAGAUCGAAAUCGAGACUGCUUAG